GCGCGGCACCCGCGCCCCGCCGGCCCUGCCGCCGCCGCCCCGAGCGCUCCCUCACAGCACGGCCCGGCACGGCCCGGCCCCCACUGCCGCGGUGCGCCUCUUCCCGGCCGCGCACCAUGCCGGCCGACCUGAUGGAGAAGAGCAGCGCCUCGCCGGUGGCCGCCACCCCCGCCAGCGUCAAUGCGACGCCCGACAAGCCGAAGACGGCGGCGGAGCAUCGCAAGUCCUCCAAGCCCAUCAUGGAAAAGCGGCGGCGGGCGCGCAUCAACGAGAGCCUAGGGCAGCUGAAGACGCUCAUCCUAGACGCGCUGAAGAAGGAUAGCUCCCGGCAUUCCAAGCUGGAGAAAGCCGACAUUCUGGAGAUGACCGUCAAGCACCUGCGGAGCCUCCAGCGAGCCCAGAUGACUGCUGCCCUGAGCACAGACCCCACAGUCCUGGGCAAGUACCGAGCCGGCUUCAGCGAGUGCAUGAACGAGGUGACGCGGUUCCUCUCCACCUGCGAGGGUGUCAACACUGAGGUGCGCACCCGGCUCCUGGGCCACCUGGCCAGCUGCAUGACCCAGAUCAACACCAUGAACUACCCUGCGCCCCCCCCGCCGCCCCCGUUGCCACCAGCCGCAGCCUUUGGGCCACCCCUGGUUCCUCCAGGUGGGGGCGUGGGGCCACUCCCGGGCAUGCCCUGCAAGCCGGGUGCCGAUGCUGCCAAGGUGUAUGGUGGCUUCCAGCUGCUGCCAGCCUCUGAUGGGCAGUUCGCCUUCCUCAUCCCCAGCACUGCCUUUGCUCCUGGUGGAGCUGUGCUGCCUCUGUAUGGCGGCCCACCCACAGCUGCCACUGCUGCCUCACCGCCAGGCCCACCACCUGGCACGGCCGACUCAGUCUGGAGACCCUGGUGAGGGUGGUGGGCACCGGACUGGACUUGGCAAUGCACCCCGUGCUGCUGGCACGGCUGUACAUAGAUUAUAUGUUCAUAUUGGAUUGUGCCUUUGUACCAUAGCAGUCCCUUGACAGUGUUUCGUGUUUUACACGAGAUCUUUUUUUCUUCCUUUCCUCCCUUUCCUUAUGUGACACCAAAGACUGGGGGUUUGUUUUUGGUUGGGGUUUUUUUUUUUGGGUUUUUUUUUUUUUUUUUUUUUGAAUGCUCUUAAAAUAAAAGUUUCCCUUCCAUUUUGGAAGGCCUUUGGAGAAAAUUUGAGCUCUGGCAUGUGUGCAUAGGAGGGACCCCAGUUCCUGGCUGCCUGUGGAUCUUGCUGCUCCAGGCUGCCUUGUCCUGUUUGCCAGGCUGGAGCUGUCUCUCAGACCCUCUGUCCCCUCUGUCUUGUGAAAUCACCUGGCCCCUCUCCCUGCCCUGGGGCAGAUGUAAUUACUGCUUCUUUGGGAGCAGCUCAAUUAAUCAGACUUGUUAAAAGGAGCUUGUAUUUGCAGAGCUGGUGAAUGUGCUGUGGGACUCACCUCUGCUCUGUUCUGGCACCUCGGGCUGAUGGAGUUGGUGUGGUAAAGCAAGACAUGGAGCUGCCCGGGUGAGCCUGCUGCCCUGAACCCGGAGGAGCCUGCUUCCCAGGUUGUUGUGUAAAUUGCAAGUGACUCCAGUCAGUUGAUUGAGAGAGCGGUGCCUGCCAGCUUCUCGAGUUACAAAAGCAGUGGCUCUCCGCAGGGCAAGCCUGACACGAGUACUCCUGUCUCCUGGCUGAUGGGCUGCAGCAGGCGCUGGGCACCACCUCCACCUGGACUUAAAAGCAUAGAGCUGUUCCCAACCCUGAGCAGCAGCCAAGCUCUGCUUGGUGAUUAAUGCUUUGCAUGUGGUUUUGAUAGAGUUGGGCAUUUCCUCUGCUGUUAUAUGGAAAACACGUGGUCGAGGGAGUGAUGUGGGGCUGCAAGGACUCUGUAAUCAAGAGCUGCAGCUGACCCCUGUGACUUGAGGAUGCCCCGUUUCCAGGCAAGAUGCAAGCCAUAGAUAGUGGCAAGCAGCAGUCUCAGGUUACAGCUUGCAUGGCCCUUCUUAACAAGUCCUAACUCAGAGCGGACAGCUUUAAGAUGUGCCAGGAUCCACUGGGGUUUCUGUCCAAAUCCUGCUGCAAAAGCCUGUUGGAUUUUGUCGGGAUCAGCCAGGUGCUUGACUGUAUCCAGGUGCUGGGGAAAAGAAAGCUGGGGAGAGUGAGACCAGAUGGAUUAAACCUGCUGGGGUUUGACUCCCCAGCUUUGCUCCUGGUAAAGAAACAUAUUCACCUGAUCUGAAAAUGCAUCCUGGGAAGAGGGUUGGUAUGUGCCUGGGAUAGGCAGUGGCUGAGCUUUCUUUCCCUUUCAACAGCCAGAGUGUCACCUUUCUGCACUGGAGGUUCAGGGGGUAGGAGUGAGCCCACCUUGUGUUCAGAAAAGUGCUCACAGGACCUGUCUCAGAAUUGCAUCAGACCAACUCCUGUUGCUGGAUGGCUUGUGUGGAGCUGAUGUAGACAAGUCAUGCAUCACCUAUAAGAGUGAAUGCUGUUCCAUAUGAGCAGAGUCUUCCUUUUCUGCUGAAGCAGUUGGUUUGGAAAGCACAUUAGAAAAGAGAGACUCUGCUGUAGGCUAAUGGAGAACAUACAGCAGAUCCCAGAGUGAAAGACAAGAUGAACCUAUUUGCUAAUGGAGUUUAAAUAGCCUAGUAUAAAGCAGAUACGGCAUGCUUGGGCCGGUUUCUCCAAAGCUUUCUCUGUUUACUCUAUCCCACAGCCUGUUGACAUGAGAGAUCUGCUUGAGUUUUUGAGCUUUAAGGGGAUCAGAGCAAUUCCCAAGAGCCGUGCUCUUGGUGCCAGUUCACUGAGUCCAUGACAAAUUGGGAUGACAAAUGCAGGCUGUGGGUCUGUGGAUCAUUGUGUGUGGGAAUUCUCCUUCAGGUGCAGCAAAUGCCUUUAAACUGAUGCUGUGGGAUGAGCAGGAAAGAGUAAGGGAGAAGUGUCACGGAAGGUACAGGCUGAGCUAUGACCCUGCACGGGGACUGUUCAGGACAGGUAGGAAAAGGGACUGGACUUAAUGCUGCCAGAUGGGAUGCAGCUCCUGUUGGCUUCCCCGGGCACCUUGCUGAGCUCUGUCUGCCAGUGGAGAGGAUCCUGGGAAGGGCUGGAGGCAGGUCUUUCUCUCUCAUGACCAUUCUUGGGUUGGUCAGCACUUUGCCACAAUCCUUUGGGUGCAUUUGCAGACCCAAGGGUGCUGAGCUGGAAGGAGCAGUGCUCCAAUCUCUGCCUGCAGUGCACCUGCACGGGGGUCCAUGUACAGGGGGCUUUUCCUGCCUUCCCAGCACCCUGCCUUGCCUCCCACCCACCACGGAGCUUACAGCCCCGGCUGCCCCUCGCAUCCCCGUAGCUCCCUUCCAUCUGCUGCUGCUGCCGUCCCGGGAAACCUGUCAUUAAAGUCAAUUAACUUUUCCCACA